AUGGAAGAGAUGCAGAGAAGACAUGAGGAAAUGCAAAGGAAGCAUGAAGAGGAGAUGGUGGUCGUACGAGCCGAGUGUUUGGCUAAGCUCCGCGGUGAAAAAGAGAAACAAACCGGAGAAGGCAGCAAGGAGGCCCACAGUAGCGCACAAGGUCAAGACGAUCGGCGAAAGGAGGAACAGAAAAACACCGAGGAGGAAAAAGAGAAAGGAGAGGAAAGCCUAGUAUUGAUAAAGCCAGAGAUGCCAUCGGUUCCGGUGCCGUUCGUACAGACUGUGAUGGACGUCCGCAUCUCGGACCAGUUCAUUCCCCUGCAAUUCAAAAUGUAUGACGGCACCAGUGACCCAGAGGCACAUAUUAAGUCAUUCACCAACGCCAUGGCGUUCCGUACGGGGUGUGAUGCCAUCUGGUGUCGGGCGUUCUCAUUGUCCCUCGAGGGAGAGGCCUUGGAAUGGUUCAACUCCCUUCCCAACGGUUCAGUAGAGAACUUCAAAGGGUUGAGUGGCAUGUCCAACGAACAGUUCGCCGCGUGUCGACCGCAGGACGUCACUCUGGUCGACCUGAUGAAUCUGAAGCAGGGAAAGGAGGAGCCGCUCAGAACCUUCAUGGACCAAUUCACAAAGACGGUGCGACGGGUCAGAGGUUUGAGCCUGGAAAUGGCCCUGCAGUAUGUGAUGCCGGCUCUCAGGCCGGGACCUUUCAAGGAGAGCGUAUGCCGAACCCCACCUAAAACCUUGGAGGAACUACGCCAGCGGGUGGCGGACGAGGCAAGGGUGGAGGAGAUGAAGCAAAAUUAUCGAAGGGAAAUGCAGGACGCGAAGGACAAGAAUGAGGGAAAACAACAGGGUCAACCCCAACGACCAGGUGGUGUAAAGCGGCGGGAAGGGCCCCGAGUCCCUCGCUUCCCUCAGUAUACUCCUCUCAAUGCCCCCCGGGCUCGGAUAUUACAGGAAGCCCUGAGCACGCAGGUAAUGCGGACCCCUCAAAAGCGUCCUACUCCUCCAAGAGCCGACAGUAGCAAACAUUGCCUGUAUCAUCAGAACAUGGGUCACGACACCGAAGAUUGCAUGACGCUCAAGGAUCAGAUAGAGGAGCUCAUCCAGGCAGGACACUUAAAACAGUAUGUCAGGGGAUACCGGAGUGAAGCGGCGCCUGCUGGACGUCCGACUCCCCGGGAAAGAAGUCCCAGACCUUUACCCGACAGGGGUAAUAGGAACGACCGCCCGAGGUAUCAACAUGGUCAGGUCGGGCGGGGAAGAAGUUCUGAGAGAAGGAGGGAAAGAAGCAGGAGUCGAAGUAGGAGCCGGGUGGGCGGCAAUACCGGACCGCUAUGGGGAAUGAUUAACACGAUCUCCGGUGGAUUUACAGGCGGGGGAACAUCAUCGUCCGCACGGAAAAGAAGCAUCCGCCAUCUACGAUCCAUACACGCCGUUGAGGUUCCUAAGCGGACGAUGCCUCCCAUCACAUUUUCCGAUGAGGACUUUCACGCGCCGGACCCUGAGCAGGAUGACCCGAUGGUCAUCACGGUUGAAAUUGCGCGGUACAGGGUGAGUAAGGUGUUGGUCGAUCAGGGGAGCUCGGUCAACAUACUCUACUGGAAGACGUUUCGGCAGAUGGACAUUUCCGAGGACCUCAUUGUCCCGUAUGAUGAACAACUGGUGGGUUUCGCCGGAGAGCGGGUGGAUACCAGGGGGUAUCUGGAUUUGUGGACGCGUAUCGGCACCGGCCGGGAGGCAGAGGAGAAGAAGGUGCGAUACUUGCUAGUAGACGCCAAUACAUCCUACAACGUCAUGAUAGGACGUCCAUGCUUAAAUUCCUUUGGAGCCAUCGUCUCCACCCCCAUUUGA